AUGCCCGUUCAAUUUGUCCCUCUCCAAAACGACCUCAUUCUUCGGACAGCUUGGGGCGAGAAGGUUGAGAGACCACCGAUCUGGGUUAUGCGGCAGGCUGGCCGAUACUUACCAGAAUACCAUGAAGCCAAGGGCACACGCGACUUUUUCGAAUGCUGUCGCUCCCCAGAGAUUGCAUCAACUCUAACACUGCAGCCUAUUGAACGGUUUGCAGGUUUGAUUGACGCGGCCAUAAUAUUCUCGGACAUUCUAGUGAUCCCUCAAGCUAUGGGGAUGCUAGUUGAGAUGCUUCCUGCUAAGGGACCGCAUUUUCCGAAGCCGCUACAGUCUCCUGAUGACCUACAGUACUCUGAAGUUUUGAAUAAGAAGGUCAAUGUGUCAUCUGAAUUACAAUAUGUAUAUGAGGCUAUAACUAUGACCCGACACAAGCUUAUGGGGAGAGUUCCACUGAUCGGAUUCUGUGGUUCUCCUUGGACCCUUUUCUGCUACAUGGUUGAGGGGGGAGGGAGUAAAAUGUUCAUUGAAACUAAAACUUGGAUCUAUAAACAUCCAGAAGCCACCGAAAAAUUGCUACAAAAAAUUGCAGAAGUCUGUGUGGAACACUUGGCUCUACAAGUCCAAGCAGGAGCCCAACUUGUACAAGUCUUCGAUUCAUGGGCAGCCGAACUUUCACCUGCCUCAUUUAGAAGAUUCUCACAACCUUUUCUCGAAUUCAUAUCUAAGAUGCUUCCACUCAAGAUUAAGACCUUAGGUUUGGACCCUGUACCAAUGAUAGUAUUCGCUAAAGGUGCCUGGCAUUCUCUUGAUUCCCUAUGCAAUAUUGGGUACCAAGUAGUUGGACUGGAUUGGUUGCAAGACCCUUCAGAAGCUAUUAAGUUAAGAGGGUCAAGACCUAUCGUUUUCCAAGGAAAUGCAGACCCUGGUGUCUUAUACGGAUCCCAUGAAUCGAUCACAAAAGUUGUGGAGGACAUGGUGAAGGGUUUUGGUGGAGGAAAGCAGGGUUGGAUAGUUAACCUUGGGCACGGAAUCACUCCUCGCGUCAACCCGGAAGACUUACGUUUUUUUUUCCAGGAGAUUCGUCGUCUAACUUAA